AUGAAGGUCUAUUCCCUCUCUCUACUCUCAGUGACACCUACAACACCAGCUCAAGCGACUGUACUGGGUACAUCGCAGGAUCUGAGUAGUUUCUCAUUCUACCAAAGAGGAAGUGUAGGAGAAUUCAUGACUUUCUUCACAAAGACCGUCGCUGAACGCACACCCGCGAAUCAACCUUCCUCAGUAGAAGAGAACAAUUACAAAGCUCACGUAUUCAGAAUGUCAGGUAGACAACCCGGUAGUCUCGGUAUGGCCGCCGUGAUGAUAACCGAUCUAGAAUAUCCUUAUCGACCAGCAUUUUCUCUAUUGACCAAAUUACUUGAUGAGCAUACACCGCUACUCAACAAUCUACCUUCAUCCUCAGCUGCACCUUCAUUAGCAUCAGCUUCAGCGAAUGCGUUUGGUGGAAACCCUUCUCAAGCAGCUGCAGGUGGUUUACCUCCAGCUCAAAAGGGUAAAGUGGAAGGGACUCUAGCUGGUUAUUUGGCAAAAUAUCAAGAUCCAAAACAAGCUGAUACAAUCAUGAAAGUACAAAAAGAAUUAGAUGAAACAAAGAUCGUUUUGCACAAAACAAUCGAAAGUGUACUUGAAAGAGGAGAGAAAUUAGAUAACCUAGUUGAAAGAUCAAAUGCACUUUCAGCUCAGAGUAAGAUGUUCUACAAGACCGCCAAGAAGCAAAACUCCUGUUGUGUCGUUAUGUAG